CCUCCUACGAUAAUGGGAAUGGUUUAAACACAGUUAGAAGAGGAGGAGACGCGGUAGCAAGCAGGGGGAGGCUGAUGAGCGAAAGUACUCACCCAUUGCGCACAGUAUACUUAUUGAUACGAGGCGGACAGCGGCAGGCUUACAAACAUCCCUGUCACCAGCCCUGAGAAAGAAGGACUAGAUAAGCGUCUGUCUGAGCUGAGACAAGACGCCCUCAUUACACUGGAAGAACGGAACGGGCGAGACACAAACGCGCACACACGAGGAAUUGGAGUACAAGCGGAGCAGGAUGACUGAGGCAGUGUGACGCAUGGACAAGACUCCUCUGUGGAAAAGCGUUCUUUCCAGGACAGGCCUGUGAAGCCUGUUUUGUCUGUCAUCUUUCCAGUGGAGAAAAUUAUAAAUCAAUUGCCAACAAAGUUUGACAACACAUACUGCAGAGGCCACAGUCUGGACUGAAGAAAAUACAUAUCCACCAACCAUUCUACUCUGAAGAGCUUUCUGCUAUUUCUGUCAUUUUUGUGUUGUUUUUUUCUGUGGGAAGCAGGCUGCUAAUUUAAGAACAAAGGACUGCAAUUAUCGGAGUGACUCUUUAACUUCUGAAGAUAGAUAUCAAUUUGUGUAGCAGCUCAAGAGCUCAACAAAGAAACUCGUUUUAGAAAACCCACUGUGCUAUUGUGGUCGUGUGAAUUGCCGCUCUUGUUUAACGCAGCAUUUCCUAGAUUUUGACUCUGGGAACAUUUAGGGCUGUGCUCUUAGAGAGAGAGAGAAACCAGGGGAAAAAAAAGAAAAGCCUAACUUGCAGAGUGAAAAGGACCUUUCAUUUAGACAGUCAUAGCGUAACUCUGGGACAGAUUUUAGACUGAUUGAUCUUUCUUACAGGACACAAGGACUGCAAACUUUGCCUGCCUCUUACUUUGUCGCUGGAUUGGACCUAGACCAUCCUUUACUUUGAUGUCUUUAACUGGAGCAACUGAAAAUGAAGCCACUCACGCCAAUUGGUUCCCCAUCUCCACUGCGCCUUCUGAACAAGGGGCCCGAGUACCUGCGCAGGCAGAUGGACAGUGGCAGCAGGGGGCGUUCAGUGAGCGCCGUGGAGCAACUGGAGGCUGACAAGGCCAAGUACGUGAAAAGCCAGCAGGUGAUCAACACCAAGCAGGAGCCGGUGCUUGUGCCUUGUGCUACUCCCCCGCAGCUGAGAAGACCCUUCACAGCGCCAUACGCCACAACCCCUCUGCAGCCCAGGAAGUUCAGCACUCCCUGUGCCAGUCCCUCGCCCCUGCCCAGGAGAUCCUUUAUCCUCUGUGAUGAGGACGUCUUUAAAGACCUGGAUGCCAAGAAGGAGAACCGCAGCUUGUUGGUGCACAAGAAUAUCAGGAACAUCCAGGUCACCCCUUCGGUCCAAAACCCCCCAGUUCUGCGUAGAAGCACUGGCAAGAGAACGCUGAGGCCAGACUCUCUGAUCAUCUACAGGCAGAAGCGGGAGUGCAAUACCUCUGGCGGAGAUACCAAAGGGAAUAGCUUUGUCAAGCGCUUGUUUCAGGGCUCAAUGAGGGAGAAGCACACCCCGGAGAAGCUCAUCAUCAGAGAAGAGAAGUCCCCCUCGAAAGAGGAGGAUUCUCGGAUGUCUUGGGCCAACGAAAAGGAGAGCCCCAAGAGUGACCAAAAUGAAAGGGAACUCUUUGUAGCCCCUAGCACCCCGCAGACCUCGGAGAAGAGAGACAAAGAGACGAACGACGCUGUCGACAAGUCCAGCAACCCAGCCACUUUAAGGAAAACGAGGCUUCAGCGAUCCAAGUCAGAGUUGUGGUUGCGGUACUCUUUGGACUUGUCCGAGAAAGAGCAUUUCUUCAACUACUGCGGGCUGGACCUGGAGAUAGUGGACAGAAUAGGGCUGGAGAACUUCUACACGGCCAGCUCGGAUACCGUGUCUCUGCUGCUGCGGAGCGCCAGCAUGGGCGGCUCGGAACCCAGCGAGUUCUCCCGCCAGAGCGGGGAGGGGCUGUUUGAGGAGGAAGUGACCGAGCAGAGCCCGACCGGGGUAUCUGUGAUCGAGCGGAACGCGCGGGUUAUCAAAUGGCUUUAUGGGUGCAGGAACGCCAAAAACACUCCCAAAGAAUCCACGGUUUAACAGGAAGGCAAGCCGGGACUUUGAAAACGCUGUUAUACUUGGAAACUAAGAGUUUAGAUUCCUCGACAAAACAUGACUACCAUGUGCUGGUGUAUUUAUUUAUUUUUAAUGUGUACUGAUGUGCUAUUUCUUGAUCUCAUCUACGCCUUACGGAAAAAGGAAAGUAUAAAUCAUGUAUUUAUGUGUUGUUGACAUCUGAAUGCCCAGCAAUUUAAUCUCCAAAUCUGAAAUGUUCAUAAUUUGAAAUGCAGGAUGUAACUGAGUGAAUAAGAGCUAUCCAGGUGAUAGUGGAAGGUGUGUGUUUGUGAAGAUAAAGGAGAAAUGGAGGCUGUUUUCAAUACUUGCCUGGUAUGAUUUAUUUUGUUUACAAGUUGUUUUAAAGGGGUCCCUGUUCAUGAAAAUUUGGCCUGUACUUCAUAAUUUUUUAUAUCAGUUUUUUUGUUUCAAUAGCUAGAAUAACCCUACUCACAAAGUUUUACAGACUGUCUUGAUGAAUUUAAAUAAAGUUUGAUAUUCACUAAACUCUUUACCAACAAACUUUAUUUAAUUGCUCAAACAUGCUUGAAAUAACUUGUGUGUUGGAGCUGGGAACCCAGGAUUUUUAAAACAAGAAGAUAAAACCCAAACUAUUUUAACAAACACUACAAAUGUCUCCUGAUUAUUAAAUGUCAUUUCGUUCAUGAUGGCACAUUAAUAAGACAUAUUUUAUGUACAGUUUCAUCAAUAAUUCUUUAGUCUUUUUUGUGUGUGUGUAUUUGCCUUCCAGGCAGUAGUAUUUCCAGUAAGAUUUUUAAAGCCUGUCAGCUCAUAUACCCCCUUGGUAUUAAUUCCUUAACAGAGUUUGGUUUUAGAUUGAAUAUUUGCAACAACAAAAAAGUACCAUCUCAAACCUGAAUCACGCAUACAUGUUGACAAUAAUGCUAUUAAAUUGUAAAGAUUUAUUUUUCUAAAUCUAAAGGUUACAUUUUUUAAAAGAAGAUAUGUGUGUGUGUGUG